CUGCGUCGCUGUCUGAGUCUGAGUCUCCUCCUGGCGACGAUCCAUCCAGUACAUGAUCCGCAUCUCUCUCUCCCCCUCCCCCCCGGCUGCGCAUCACAUUCAGACUUCAAAUAACCCCAAUCCCCGUGGGAUUGCUUCAGGAUAGCGGCGAAAGAAUGCUCCUGCUUCAUUUGCUGUUGUUGUUGCAUCGUGUGUCUGCAGCUGCUGGUUCAGCAUCGCUUCUCCCCCCCAAACGAGACAUCCGAUCGCAAGACACCACCUCUUCCCUCGACGAACCCCUCCUCGCCGUCCAAAUCGGCGGAAUCAUCGCCGCCUACCUCUUCACCGUCAUCUUCUUAUUGAGUCUGCUGCUAGUGGUCGGCCGCCGUCUGCGCCGCGCCGUCCUCUCCUCCAACUACUCCUUGCAAGUGCAGAUGCUGCAGCCCAUGAAACCGCCGCCGAGUAUGGAUCCGAGUCCUGUCACCCCGAUUAGCAUCCACCUCCCUAGCCCGGGGGGCGGGGACGGAGGCAUCCCCGCGACCGUUGACUCCUUGCCAGUCGCUGCCCGCACCAACCGCACCUGGAGUCGGAACAGAAGCACCAGCACCUUCAGCAAACACAGCUCCUCCUCCCACCACCACCACCACCACCAGCAUCAGCACCAAAAAUCGAACCCCAGCAGCAACAUCAGUCUCGCGACCUUCGACGAGGGCGUCGUCGCCUCAGACCGCCGCAAAGCCCAAGAGGAUCUCGAGAUGUUGUACGCGGCGGUGCUCGAGCACGAUGAGAUGAAAGCCGGCGGUGGUGGGACCCAGACCGGGCUGGGUAUCUCCCCGACGGAUACGCUGAAUAGUAGUAAUCCGUUCAAAGAUCCGCCUGCUCCGGCGCAGCUGCCGACGUCGCCGCGUACCCCGUCCCGGUUGUCGCGGAUCUCAUCUUCCUUGUCGCUGUUUGCGAAGGGAGAACGAGAUAGGUCGGAGGGGUCCGCCGGUGCGUCGAGGGGUGGUGGUGGUGGUGGUGGCAGUGGCGGAGGAGGAGGACUGCGCUCGCCGCGUCUGGCGCUGCCGUUGCGCAAAAAGAUGUCGAUUUCUUCGCCAAUCACCUCGCCCCGGGGGCGGGGACCGGUGGGAGAGUACGAGGGCCAAGGGGAGGGGAUGGGGGAUCCGUAUGCGCAUGAGCCGUUGACACCGAGGGUGUAUCAUCCUGCGCCGCCGCCGCCGGUUCCGCCGGUGGUUCCGUCGGUGGUUCCGUUGGUGCAACAGCAGCAGCAGCAGCAGCAGCAGCAGCAGCCAUAUACCUACCAACCCACCGAAGGAACCACGGAAGAAAUGAGGACACAGAGAGAGAGAGCACUUCCCACCCCGCGCGGCAUUUUCACUCCCCCCACCACGACUACCACGCCUGGAACAGAAAGAGAUAGGGAGAGGGAAAGGAGAAUCCCCCCACCACUAUCCCUCACCCACCCCGCCGCCACCACCACCAGCGCCGGAGGAGCAGGUGGGCGAAGUCUCCCCCUCCGCGAUGCCUACCCACUGCAAAGCGCCCCGGCGACCAAACUGACGGUGCUGGAACGUCCGGUUAAGCAUCCGGGAGGGGCCGGUCCCCGCACCGGCAUCCCCACGCCGUACAGCCCGUACAUGCCGUUCACGCCCGUGACACCCCUUACGCCGAGUCGGAUGGUCACGAAGCGGCAGCGGCGGCGCGAGGGCAGGGAGAAUGGGUUGCAUGUGUUGAAUGAGGAUGAUUUGGUGAGGGGUGGGGGCGAUUUGUGGGGUUAUUAGGGGGGUCUUCCCCCGGGUUAUGUCUGUCUGUUCUAUUUGCGAUGGAAGAGAAAGGGAGUAUGGAGUACGGAAUACUACUUUAUGAAGGACCGUUUCUGGAUGGGGAUAGUGAGUCGGGAGUAGACACUAUAGGACUGUUGAAGGAUACCGUUCAGGGUUGAUUUUUGAAGGGCCCUACGUAGAUACUCCGUCCUCGUCGUGCUCUUAUCAGUGUACAGGUUGCGAUUGGCAUCUAUGCUAUCAUUCUCGCUCCGAUAAUGCUUCCCCAGCUAAUCCCCAGUCUUGGUCCGAUACCAGAAAAGGCAUAUUCCUCCACAUAA